AUGGCUCCUGCGAAAGGUCCCCGCUCCAAGACGGUGGUUGACCCGCCUGUCAUGGAUCCGCCUGCUACUGAUCCGCCUGCCAUUGAUCUUCCUGCUGCGGAUGGUGCAAAGGGUGUCGCUGCUGAUGCUCCUACCCUUCCCUCUGACAAGCUGUCAAAACCUGCUGGAGACAACGCAACAAACGGAUCAGGCACUGCGGAGUCAGUCUCCAACAUCAACGCCGCUGGCUCAUCCGGCCUAACCGUCAACGACAAGGCGAACGACACGCAGUCGCCGAUUAUUGACAACGACGGCUUCAUCGAAGAUGACUCAGAUGAGGAAAUGGAGGUGGAUUUGGACUUGGAAGCCACGAUCCAGCUGCGGACAACACUUAUCUUGCUUUUUCCCAUUAACCUGGUCGUUGCUAAGGAAACUGCUUCCAUCAUUGAUGCUGUCAAGAUGCUGAUCAAACGUGGCUGGAAUGCAGAGUUAUCCGCAGAAGCUCAGACCUCGACAAAGUUCCAGGUGCUUUCGCCCGAUUACGUCGCCAAGACUCGCUUCGGCCGGCUGCUGGUCUCUUUCACCUUGCAAAGCGACGCCGAGACUGUUAAGACCAAGGAGGUGUUGUACCAGAGGAUCAAUGGUGCCGGGAGGAGUGGCUGUGCACGCAAAGCGGCUGCAACAAAGCACACGAGAAAUGUUUCAUGA